AUGACAAAUAGCAAUGCGACAAAUCAGUCGAGCGAUAAUGAAUCGAAUAACGACAGCCCGGAUGAGUCCACAUAUAACCACAACGAUGCUUCUUCUGCAGUUGACGAGUUACAUGAAAGAAGUAGCACCACACAUGAUAAUGUGUCAAGUGGCAACUUUGGUGAACACUCCCCCAAUUAUGAUGGUAGCCCAAAUGAUGACCCCAGCAAGUUGAACUCCCUCAAGGGGUAUUCCCAGGACAGUAACGAACCGAAUGUCGAAACAAAUGCAAAUAGUGAAAAUGUCAAUAACGUAGGGGAUGCAAGAAACCACCCUGACGGUCUAAACAGUGCAGGGAUGUCACCUGGGGGGUUGAUGAACCAAAUGAACAACGCCAUGUAUAACCCCACCAUGAACUACAUGCAAAAUAACAGAAUGAUGAUGAAUGCUGGAAAAAAUUUUCAGGGGAAAUUCCCAAUGAAUAUGAACCCACCCAUGAACAUGUUUCAAAACAGUAAUGACAUGAUGACGAAUCCGUUACGCAUGCCAAUGUAUCCAGGGCAACCAAACCCUAUGUUAUUUAAUAACCCUAUGCACUACAUGAACAAUAAAGCCUAUUUGAAGCACCUGAAAUACAAUAAAGUUAUUACAGCAGAUCCGAGCAUACCCCCAAAUGAAACCUUGUAUGUAAAAAACUUAAACGACAGAAUUAAAAUAGACGAAAUGAAAAAAAGCUUAAAAGAUUUAUUUAAACAGUAUGGUGUAAUAGAAGACCUAGUAGUUAUGAAAUCAUUUUGGAGAAAAGGACAAGCAUGGGUUGUGUAUGAUACAGUCGAAAGCUCAACAAAGGCGCUAAAUGCCUUACAAGGAUUUGUACUUUUUGGAAAAAUCAUGCAGAUAAAUUAUUCUCAUAACAAAAGUGAUGUGCACUCAAAGAGAGAUGGUACAUUUGUCGAACGAUCUAAGGAACCCAAAAAGCCAAAACAGAUCCUCGAGAGAGAAAGGAAGCAAAAAGAAAUCUUCGAAAUGAUGCAGAGAAAUUAUAUAGAAAUGCAAUUGAAUAAUUUUAGAAUUAUGCAAAAUAAUGAAUUAGAAAAAAGGAAAAAAAUUGACUUAAGUCAAAUGGAUACACAAGAUCUAAUUGCGAAAGCUCAGGCUAAGGCAUACGAGGAAAAGAACAAAAAAAAAAAUGAAGACAUUACAAAUAAUAACAACACUAUGUACCAGCAACCUACUCCUUACUACCCAAUGAACGCAUUUGCCCCCAUGCAAAAUAACUUCGUUGUGGCUUGCAAAAUUUUGUUUGUCGAAAAUGUCGUGGAGAAUGUGAACACCCAAGAGUUCAAUGAUUUGUUUAAAAAGUUUUCCGGCUUUAUCGAAGCCAGAAUUAUUCCACAGAGGAACGUCGCCUUCGUGGAUUACUCCGAUGAGGCGGCAGCAACGAAUGCGAUGAAAGCUUUGCAAAAUUAUGAGCUCCAGGGAUCUCGGCUAAAAAUAUCCUACGCCAAGAGAUAA